CAGAAGACCAGAGCAAAGAGGAGUCAACUGAUGACCAAGAGGAGUUGACUGAUGAGGAGGAGUCAGCUUACAGAGAGGAGUCGACUGACGACGAAGAGGAGUAGGCCGAAUAUCAGCGCAUGUUCAAACACUUCCAUGAAAAUAAGGUAGAAAUUGCCAGCGCCAUCACAAAGCCGUUUCCUUUCCUUAUGAGCCUCCAAGACCGCGGCUUCAUCUCUGAGCAGAAGUUUCAGACCAGACCUCAAAAAAAAUGCAAGACCCUGGAUGCAGCGGGAAAAGUGGUAUAUGACAUCCUCAGUGACCUGCAGAAAAAGUUUAGCUUGCCGCUUCUGCAAGUGAUAUUCAGCACAACACAUCUGAAGGCCUACCCAGACUUAAAGGAGACUAUGAGGAGCUUCCUAGAUGGUCUUCAGAUGAUUUUGAUGGGAACACUGUACUUAGAGAUCAUCAAUGCCAAGUCUGAAGCUGAAAGCUUACUAAGUGAAGGCCAUGGUGGAGUAGGAGGAGACAUUGUGUUCAUAGCUUCUGGCUCCUACAGACAAAGGCUGCAGCUUGUGUUACCGGGAACUUAA